AAACUAAAGCGCUGUUCUUCCCCAUUUCGGUUUCUCCCCCUCAUUCUGCUUCUCUAUCUUUUUCCUCUAAAAAUUUCUGCAGACGACAAGUUUUCCACAAAUCAGCUAUUAGUCGGAAUUUCGGAGUAACUGCAAGAUUAAAGUGUGCAAUUUAACGAAAUGGCAAAUAGCAAGUACGAAUAUGUGAAGUCAUUUGAGGUGGAUGAUGAAAUCAUGCUGCCCAACACCAUCAUUGUCCGUGUUCAUGCCCGUGAUUUCUGCAGGUUUUCUGAAAUGCAUGAGUUUGAGAAGCCGAAUGAUAAGAAAGCAUUAGAGUUAAUGAAUGAGUGUGCCAAUGCUGUUUUGGAGCAGUUUCCAGAUGUUAUAUUCUCGUAUGGUUUCAGUGAUGAGUACAGUUUCAUAUUCAAAAAGGAAACCAAGUUCUACCAGCGGCGUGGCAGCAAGAUACUCUCUCUUAUUGUGUCUUUCUUUUCAUCCACUUAUGUUACUAAGUGGAGGGCUAUUCUCCCUCAGAAAGAUUUGAAAUGUGCCCCUUCAUUUCGGGCUCGAGUUAUUUGCUGUGCAUCUAUGGAGGUUCUUCAAGCAUGUCUGUUAUGGAGACAAAAUGAAUGUCACACAAAUAAUCAGUAUAAUACUUGUCUUUGGCAGCUGAUUAAAAGUGGAAAGAGUAAAGAGGAAGCACAAGCCACAUUGAGGGGGUCUCUUAAACAAGAUAAAAAUGAAUUGCUUUACCAGUGUUUUAACAUCAACUACAAGAAAGAUAUUCCGGAGAUGUUUCGCCAAGGUACAUGCACUCUCAAGACAGAGGUUGAAGAUAUUGUGAAGUACAAAGAUGAUGGCUCCCCUGUCAAAAGAACUAGGAGGAAAGUCUUAAGAGUUCACUCAGAAAAUAUUGCAUCAAAAAGAUUUUGGAAGGAAAAAUCUUGUCUCUCGAAAGAAGAGCUGGACCAAUUUUGUGAAGAUUUGAACAAAACUAGACCUGAGUAUGUCAAAUCUUUCCAAUACGAGAGCAGAUUGAUGUUGUCCACCUGGAUCGUUGUUCGCAUUGAUGGCUGUCAUUUCCACAGGUUUUCCGAAAUUCAUGAAUUCGAGAAGCCUAAUGAUGCACAAGCUCUCAAUCUGAUGAAUGCAUGUGCUGUUGCUGUACUGGAAGAGUUUAGGGAUGUCAUUUUUGCUUACGGUGUUAGUGAUGAGUACAGCUUUGUUUUGAAGAAGGACUCUCAGCUAUAUCAAAGAUGUGCCAGUGAGAUAGUUUCUUCUAUUGUAUCUUUCUUUUCUUCAACGUACACGAUGAGAUGGAAUGAGUUUUUCCCGCAAAAAGAGAUGAAACGCCUACCAUAUUUUGAUGGUCGUGCUGUUUGCUACCCAUCCAAUGAGAUCAUUAAGGAUUAUCUAGCAUGGAGACAAGUUGAUUGUCACAUCAACAAUCAUUACAAUACUUGCUUCUGGUUGCUCGUGAAAUCCGGAAAGAGCAAGAGCGAAGCACAAAAUGAUUUGAAGGGGACUCAAACUCCGGAGAAAAAUGAAAUUCUUGAUAGACUUACUGGAAUUCUCAACUAUUACGACACAUUGCCACCUAUGUUCUGCCUGGGAUCGUCCAUUUUCUGGGACAAAGAGACGAAGAUGGUGGACAACGAAGAAGGUGCUACUGGCAAGUCGCGCAGGGUAGUCGUUGUAGGACAUUGCAACAUAAUCGAGACAGGCUUCUGGGAAGCGCAUCCUGAGAUACUAGACGAGAAGGUGGAUCGUUUUAAAUCGGUUCAAAUGGCCAAUGUUAAGAGCACUCCCAAUGGUCCGGCGAUACACUCGGCGAUUUUUCGACUUAGCGGUGCGGAGAGUGAGGGAAGCGCGACCCCCAUCGACUUGACUGGGGAUGGUCCGCACGAGCGCCCUGUGGGAGCGAAGAAGGCGAAGGGGAGGCGGAAGGGGAAGGGCGCAUCGUCGGAUGCCCAGUCGGAAUCCCAGUUCAUACAACAAGCCACGCUCUCUGCCAAUGUCGCCAGUCUGACGCAGCUGUACACGCUGUACUUCACCGGCGGCGGAACCCCAGAAGAGAAGCAGUCCCUCUGGUCGACCAUCCAAAAUAUGAAGAUCCCGAUGGGCCUCCCGCCGGACGCUCCUCCCUCUUAGUUUUUUAAAUCUUUGUUUUUUAUGGUGUUUUAUUUGUAGUUUUUUUUUUCUCGUUGUAUUAUAUUUUCCA